UAUUGUGUACAUUUUAGCUGUUUAUAUUACAUUCUCUUGAUGUGUCUUUAUUUUGUACAAGGCUUUCCUUACAGUAAGACUUAUUAAUGAAUACUGAAACAGCCUGACAGAGUCGACUGAUAUGAUCUGUCAGGUUUUAGGGCCUUCACACCGCAGUGCACUUUAAUUACUGGAGUUCAGAUGCGUCCAAAAGAUAAUAAUCUUAAUUCUCCCCUCUAUCGCUCUCUUCUUCUGUAUCUUUGUCUGCAGGUGGAGGCAUGAAGCUAUUAUUUUUUCAUGUGAUAAUAUUCAUGUUCGACUCCUUCACUGAGGCGUCACACAAUAUCACCGCAGGCUGUGCUAUCAUUCGUCCGCCCAGAGAUGGAGGGAUACGAUACAGAGGCCUGACUCAAGAACAGAUCCACAGUGUGCAGGUCUUACCAGUGGACUAUGAGAUUGAGUACAUCUGCAGGGGGAACAGGGUCAUCGUGGGGCCUAAGGUCAGGAAAUGCCUUCCUGACGGCACCUGGACUGAUCUCAGCCAGCGCAGCAAGUGCUGUAAGCUCAGCUUCGUUUCUCUUUUUCUGCUCCUACUAAUGACUGGCUGCUUAGUUUCUGUGGGGAAUGAUAAGAAUUCCAUCCAGUGAAAUAUGCCACCAAUUUUGGUACUAUAACUGAGUUCUGAGUUCAUCCAUAAAUAUUAGUGUGCCAGACAUUUUUAUUUAUAGGAUAGCUAGAGCGCAGCCAAGUGGCAUCAGGCGUAUACUUUCACCUACGCAGCUGUUGUGAGCUGGGUUAAAAAUGAAGGCUUCCGUUUGGUCAUUUCAGCUCGUGUUUUCAUUUGCAUGCAUGAUAAUUAUUGAAGCAUGUGAUUUGCCAACAAAAACUGAUAGACCCAUAAUUCAUUUAGAGAUGUCAAGCUCGUAACUGUACACAGCUCUGGGCUGGAAUCUGUUUUGGGUGCUCCAUCAUGGCAACUCACCAACGUUAGAAAUACCACAGA